AUGGACAAGCAACCAGCAAACGUUGAGAGGAACGAAGUAUUCCAAAAGCUUAAACCAUGUUGUGUCAAGAUUAGCCAACUGGCUAUCAAGGAGACCGAGUCCCCCGCGGCGUCCCGUGAGCUCCUGGGUCUUACAUCGGAAGUCUAUAAUAUUCUCAACGACCAAGUCAAGAAAAGCCCGCUGGCACUAGAUGAGAAAUUGGCUGAAUAUGUCUUCUUUCCAUUAUAUCACAUUUUUCGCCAACUGGACCAGUAUCCUGCCCGCCUCACGGAGAAUUGUCUCAAAUGUCUACAGCUGCUCAUCACGCAUGGUUGGAAGGCAAAGAUAUCACCGAAAAUGGUCCAGCAAAUAUUUAGCUUAUUAGUGUUUAUUGUUGACGGCGUUCCUGGAUCCCAAAAGAAAGAACGAGACUUGCCAGAGGAGCUACAGCUUGAGGCUUUUCGGACGCAGCUGACCCUGCUCACUACGGCAGGCCAAUCCGCCAAUGCUAUUUCUGGACUAACAGAGGAAGACGCAAUUCCAGCCUUGGGUCAUGGUAUUACCGUCAUACUUGACACCGUUGUAGAUGGUAUUACGCCACAAAUCCAAUUGGAAGCGCUGCUUGUGUUGCAGGCAGUCUUUACCUCUCUGCGGGAGCAUGCUGCCUUGGCGAACUUUCUCCCCGGAACCAUCUCCUCCUUGGCCAAACUCAUAUCCUCUCCCAAUAGGCACAAAGCAACAGUGUUGGCUAAAGGGUUAGAGGUGGUGCAAACGGUCCUCACAAAAGUGUUGGGCGAUUUGCGAACGCGGUCAAUCUUGGCGAAAGACGACAGCGAGGCGAGUCAAUCGGAGAGCCCUGAACAAGGCAAGGUGUUGACACAUGCAUGGCUCAAAGCGACGGCCGCCCAAGUCAAAGUGGCAUUGUCCAGCAUGAUGAAACUGCGCACACAUUCUUCGCAAAAUGUCCUGGAGGCACUUGAGAGGCUCUGUGUUUCGCUGCUUGAUGAAUGUCACAACUCACUUUCGAACUGCACCACCAUAUUGGUCGAGACUGCUAUUGUUCUAGAUAGUGGCGAUGAUACGGGAAUGCCUUCUAUAUCCACGGAGACCAACAUCCGGUACUUGGUCAACAUAUAUCCUGAACUUGGCGAUGCUGUCAAGACGACAGUAUACAGUUGGAUGUCGAGCCUGGCUCGGAUAAUGCAAGUGGGAGACGAAGAGGUUAAGAAAACAGCGACAUACAACUUAUCCAAGGGAAUAGAACUCUUUCACAGCCUGGGGAUCGAAUCAUCCACGAUGGAAGACUCGAUGGGCGACGCAUUGAGAGACAGUAUAGUCUCAAUCAUUCAAUCUUCAAAACAAACACAGCCGACGACUCAUUUGCAACUUUUAGACGGGUCACAAAAUCAGAGAGAAUCUGCCAACAGGCCAUCUUUUGAACCAGUAAUAAUGGCCAGUGAAAGCCAGAGGAUGCUGAGACAAGAAGUUACCAACUUGAUAAGCCGCAUUGGCUCGACGUCUGUAAAGACUAGUCUCGCUGCCAACAUGAUGGACCAUGUGCGCGGAUCAGAGUCCACAGACCAAAUUGCAUCCCUGUGGCUCUGUUAUGAACUAGUCAAAGCUUCUAAUGCCUCAAAUGCAGACACGGAUGACUUUUUAGAUCUCUCUGCAUUUGCGGGCUCCUCAGACGAUACUGAACUUAUUUCCGAAGAUCUCUAUUCCCACUCGGUCCAGAUACUUGAAUCUUACGCCGACUCAGACCUUGUCGAUUGGCGAUUAGAAGCUAUUGCGCUAGAAGUCGCCGCCUACACUGCAAGCAGGCGUGGAAUAUCAUUCCGUCCUGAUCUCAUGGACGUUUUAUUCCCCGUUACGACAUUCUUGGGCUCAGACAACCCACUUCUACAACAGCACGCCAUCGCUUCAUUAAACAGCAUAGCUCUCGCAUGCGACUACCCCAGCGUAUCAGAGCUAAUAAUAGACAAUGUCGACUACAUGGUCAAUUCUGUCGCCCUCCGCCUCAAUUCCCUCGAUAUAUCACCCGCAUCCAUGCAGGUCCUCACGAUGAUGAUACGUCUUUCCGGUCCCAAGCUGAUACCAUAUCUCAACGAUGUUGUCGAAUCUAUAUUCGCAGCUCUAGACAACUAUCACGGGUACACCUUUUUCGUGGAAAACCUGUUCUCUGUUCUUAAAGAAAUCGUCGACCAAGCUGCCGCAACAGACCACCGCUUACUGACUGAUGGCGAGAAAACAGCAAUAAAUCAUAAAAAGCAACCUCAGCCAAUCCUGGGACUAGACGCACUUCUUGAAGACUUGGACAAGCGAGAAGCAAGACGAAUUCGGGACGAAGAAGAGGCGAAAUCUUUUGCGCAAAUAAAAGGUCAUCCUGAAGCACCUUGGAAAUCCAAAUCCAAAGAGGAAGAGGAGGAAGAGGAUCGACCGCCUCCUGAGCCUGAAAAACCACCAAACUCGCCCACAUACCUGCUGCUCAUGCGUAUCGCCUCCCUAACACAACACUACCUCACUUCUCCGACGCCACAGCUACGGCGUUCCCUCCUCGAGCUCCUUACCACCGCAUCCACCUUGCUUUCCGGCGAUGAAGAUUCUUUCCUGCCCCUCAUAAAUUCCAUCUGGCCAGUGGUGAUUGAACGUCUCCGCGACCCCGAACCCUUUAUCAACAUCGAAGCAUGCCACGCACUAGUGGGUCUUUGCCGCGCAGCAGGAGACUUCCUCAGCACACGGUUCAAGACCGAAUGGGGCGACUGGCUUCGAGCCUGGUGCCGCAAGAUCAAGGACAACGCCACGGGGCGCAAAGUGCCAAGUCGUCAGCGAAUUCCAGAAAAGGGGGAGAAUAUCAUGAUCCCCAUUCGUUCUGGAACUGGACUCGAAAUGAAGGGCGUGGUCGUGGAGUCCGCAGCCUCAUCGGGAAGCUUAGGACAGCAUGCUUCCCCGGCGAAGAUGUGGGAGGCGGUGGUGGAUUUACUCACUGCCAUUGUGGAAUAUGUGCGUAUUGAUGACGAUAUGUUUGACGACAUUUUGGAUAUCUUGGUGGACGUGAUGGAACGGAAGAGUGAGGUGCGGGAAGCUUUGGAAGUGAUCAAUGCAGAUGCUGUAUGGUUGGCAAGGUAUGAGAGAGGUAGAGUGGAAAUACUUCCUACGCCUGUGAUGGAAGGUGUGAAGUUUGUAGACAUGGAAGCUUUACCUCGGUCUUAG